AUGGAUGUUGAAGAGUUGUUUCAGGCUCAGGCCCUUUUAUAUAACUACACUUAUAGCUUCAUUGGUUCCAUGUCUCUCAAAAGUGCAGUUCAUUUGGGAAUACCAGACGUAAUCUCAAAGCAUGGCCAACCAAUUACUAUUCCUGAGUUGGUCUUGGCACUUGAGAUCAACCCUAAUAAAUCAGGUUAUGUGUAUAGGCUCAUGCGCUUGUUGGUGCAUGCUGGCUUCUUUGUGACAAGCAAGGUUAUAAAAGAAGAUAAAGAAGAAGUGGGGUAUGAUCUCACACCUUCCUCUAGGCUACUCCUUAAAGAAAAUGUUCCAACAUUGUCUCCUUUUGUUCGAGCAAUGUUUCAUCCGGCUCUGGUUCACUCAUCAGAGUUUUUGGCUGAGUGGUUUCACAAAAAUGAGGUAACACCCAUCCCAAUUGUUGGGCCUAAGCCCAAGAUUUAG